AUGGCAUCGGACGCCUCCGCUUUUACCGCGAUCGAUCCCCCGCCCUCAACGCGCACAGAGGCGACCCCUCCUGCUAUCAUCCCUUCAGAGGACGCUGCUAUCAGGCUACUCAAGCGGCCUCGCUCACCGUCUCCUUCAUCGCCGCGCUCUCUCGCCGCGCAGUCCCAGGGUCUUUUGGGUCUUGGCUCACCUGCCAAGUCGGCCCGCUUGGCUCUCGCGUCCAGCCUUUCACCGACGCCUUUGACUGCGGCAGCUGCCCUUGAGGACGAGCGCCGACGACGCGAAGCCGACGAAAACGACGACGGGACACGAGGCCCAGCACCCACAAGCGACAACCCUGGCCACAGGGUCUUAACUUCACUCAUGUCUGGAGGUGUUCAGGCUAUGAGCCGCCCUGCUGACGCGCCUCAGCUGGCGCCAACUGCCGCUAUGGACCCAUCUCCAAAGGCAUCAAAUCCCGUAUCGCUGGCGCAAACCGCGACGAGUCAGGUUGAAGAGCAUGGUGCGACGAGUCCGCACAGCACCAACAGCCUAGCUGGUGUGCCUGUCACAGAGAGUCCAACUCCAAUGGACGUGGACGCGACCAAAGUUGAUCCCCUCCAACAACAGCAUCAACAAUCAUCGCAACAAGUAGUCGAGCAGGAAGAGAGACAUCAGCCUGGAUCAUUGUCAUACCCCGGCUCUCUCCAGGCUACUGGCAAUCUGGCAGAAACUCCUACAAGAGGCAUGAGUUUCCCAAUGCCUACACCUGGUCAGACGUCUCCCACUUCAUCAGGUUCCAAGAAGCAUAAAUGCCCUUACUGCAACACCGAGUUCACGCGCCAUCACAAUCUUAAGAGUCAUUUGUUGACACAUAGCCAAGAAAAGCCCUAUGUUUGCACCGAAUGCCAAAUGCGUUUCCGCCGUCUUCACGAUCUGAAGCGACACGGUAAAUUGCACACUGGCGAGAAGCCUCAUGUCUGCCCCAAGUGCGAUCGAAAGUUUGCUCGUGGCGACGCCCUUGCUCGCCACUCUAAGGGGGCUGGAGGUUGUGCAGGACGACGAUCCAGCAUGGGUAGCUUUGUCGACGACAACGAUUUGGAGAACAGUAUUGCUGAAGCUGACGACUCAGCUAUGUCUGGGCUUGCAUAUGAUAACGCCGACGAAGAAGAGUUGAGACGCCAAAGCCUGCCGAGCAUCACAGCUCAGCAUGUCGCUGGAGCGCAAGCUGAUGGCUACGGCGCGCAUGCUCGAACUUAUCCACCUCCAGGUGCCCGACCUGGAACUGGGGGUCUGUAUCCCCCAAACGUCAAUCAAAACCAGACGAACUCCAACUCGUCGCAGCCUGUCGCCAAUAAUAUUGCCGGGCACAACGCUAAUGCUGGGAUCUCGUCAGUUGCGGCAGCCAAUGCGAAUAUGUAUUCCCAGACUGGCAUAACAGAAAGCCCCAAACCUUUGAGUCCUGGAGUGCAGGGACAUGAAGUUAACAACUUGGCACGUCAACGCUCACCCAGCCUAACUCAGCAGCUGCAACAAGCGCAAUUUGGACGUCGGGCAUCGGAUCUACAAUCGCCGCACAAUCAGUCUCGGCCGAAACUUCCUGGACUAUCGCAUCCUGAAUUUGCUGUACCCGGCUCGACAGGUUUCUCUCAUACGCGGAGCGGGAGCGGCGCACAAUCUACCAACGACAGCGGAAACAUGUUUGCUCAAAGUGAUCCUAGUGUGUGGGCAUACGUUCAGACGUUGGAAGAGAAGAUUAAGGCGCUCACAGACAAGGUUUCGACUCUAGACCAUGUGGUUGCGGACCUGAAACAACAGAUUGAAACGCGCGACGCCGCGGCAGCGGCUGUCGCCAAGGUGUAG